AUGGCGGACCUCUCCCUGGACGAGCUGAUACGGCUGCGAGGUCUGAACGGCAAAGGAAACGCCAGAAUCGCGUCGACCAAAUUCGCUUUAUUAAAACAGCCCAAAACAAUGAAAGUUAACCGGCUGAGCACGUCUGCUCGGUGGCAGAACAAAGAGAGGGUCUGGGCUUUUCUCCGUGUCUGUCUCCCAGCCUCGGGAACGUUCCCCCUGAAAGACGCCCGCGAGAAGCUCACGCAGAAGGACGCGCGGCUCCGGAUCCGGGGCGCGGUGCAGGACGCCAGGGAGAUGAUAAACUCCCGGAAGCAGCAGCAGCAGCACGGCCAGCCGGCCGCCGUCAGGACGGCGCAGAUCCCCCCGCACCAGCAAGGGUUAAACUCCCGGGUGGGCGGGGCCCCGGCAGUGGGCGGGGUCAAGAAGGUGGUGGACGCCCGCGAUAGGCUGAGCCUCAAGCGGAGCAUUGCAGUGGCCACGCCCACCGUGGGGGCGGCCAUGCCCACCGUGAAGAUCACCAAGACGAUACAGCAGAGGCCCGUGGGACUGACCAGCGGCGUCCGGAUCAACAUGGCGACGCGAUCGGUGCCGGGACCGCAGGUGCUCUCGGGCGAGGAGGACGAGGGACCCUCCAUCAUUCCCAGCAAGCAGAUGAAGAUCACGACGACCAACGACCUGGCGCAGAUGCGGCCAGGAGCCAGUGGUUCCCUGUUCUCCCUCCCUGGGCCCCUGACCAAGGUGGUCCAGAACGACACGUACACGGCACCCCCCUCCGCGCCCGCUGCCCCCCUCCUGACCUCGGGGUCCCAGGCUGCUCCGCUGCGGACCCACGCCCUCCAGGCGGUCUCCCGCACGCUCGUCAACCAUCCACAAGGGGGCGGUACAGAGAGCACUGCGAGCACGCCCCCACAGCCCGUCUUCAGUCCAUUAGAAGGGACCAAGAUGACUGUGAACAACCUGCACUCCCGGGUCACUGAGGAGGACAUUGUGGUAAAUAGCACUCCUUUACAGUAUAUUACACUAGUGCAGCACAUGACACCUCUGAUACAGUGAGUGAAUAAGACUCU